GCGGUGCCUCGGAAAAGCGCGCUUCCGGCUUCCGGCGUCGUGUGCCAGCGUGCGGAGGGCGGCCCUGAGGCGCGGCUGGCGCCAUGUUCCUGACCGCGCUCCUGCGCCGCGGCCGCAUCCCCGGCCGGCAGUGGAUCGGGAAGCACCGGCGGCCGCGGUUUGUGUCGGCGCAGGCGAAGCAGAACAUGGUCCGCCGCCUGGAGGUCGAGGCGGAGAACCACUAUUGGCUGAGCCGGCCCUUCCUCACGGCCGAGCAGGAGCGCGGCCACGCGGCGGCCCGCCGGUUGGCCGCCUUCCAGUCGCUCAAGGCUUCGCAGGCGGCCAGGUUCCCCGCGCCCCGGCGGCUGGAAGAUCAGCUCGGCCACCUCAAGGUCACCGGGAAGUGGUCCUGACCCGCGCCACGCCGCCUGCGUCCUGCGGCGACGAGCGGGAGCCUCUGGCCGGAGCCCCACGGAGCCCCGGCCAAGCCGAGCGAGUGCCUGCGACGGAGGCCCCGGGCCCACGCUCCCCACCGCCCGCAGUGUGUCUCGGUCGGAUCGCGCGUCUCGCUUCUCUGCCCUGAGGAGGGAACCGGGCGGCGCCCGGGUCACACGGGAUGCGGAACGCAACCUGCGCGUAGCCGCAAUGAAGUUGCCGACCGCGCUCUGGCAUCUAUCUGGGCCUCGGUGCGAGAUUCUGCUGGGGGCUUUGCUGUGCAUGCUCGCUUACCUUCUGCCGGCAGGUCUUGCCUACGCGGACAUGAGAAAAUCUACUUUUCCAGUUAAACGCGCUCCUAAAAAUAGUGGUUUCUGGUGAGAUUUGCUCCUAAAGGUGGACAGUUGGACACCGUCUAUUUUGGGGGACUCCUCCCGGAACUAGGACCCUUUAAGCCAGGCGGCGCAGCCGAAAAACAAACCAAACAAACAAAAUAAUCUAUUUAAAAAAAAAUCAGGUUGUCACCUCAGUAUUGAAAAUAAGGAUGAUUUAUGUAUUUUGGAUAUGAGUCCUUUUUCAGGUAUGUUUUCCAGUCUUCGACUUUCCAUUCUUUUAACAGACUGUCUUUCAAAGAACGAAAGUUCUUAGGUUUGAUGAAGGGGACAAUUGAAAAUUGUUUAAUAAAAGCUCAAUUAAAACCUUUUUGAUAAAGCUGCGUGUACUCUGGCGUACGUAGACCACAGUGUCGUCACACUCAGGUAGUCCCCGUGGUUGCCCGAAGGAUCAGCCCCAUCGCUUUCCCAAGGCAACACUACCUUGCCACACCUGCCAGGUGACUAAAGCAACAGUCAUCCCCGAACAACAACAGCUGUUCAAAUACAGGACUUUAUUUAUUUAUUAAUAAUCAUUAUUAUGAUUUUUGGAAAAACAAGUUUUAAAAUGUUCAGCCUUAAUGUUAAUGAAGGUUAGGCCACCCAAAAGACAAAGCAAAGAUCACAUUAAGUCAUGGUCCAGGGUUACACUUAUGAAAAACAAAUACAAGAAUUACGAGACAUGAUAUGUAAAGACAACCAAAGUAAACUGUAUUUCAAAUUUGUUUAUAUAAAAACAUAUUAAAGAUCACUUUAAAAUAGUGUCCACCUUUUCUGUAAAUGGGCAUAGACUAAGCUGCAAUCAUGUACAAAUGUGAUAAACUCAACAGCUUUCUGAAGCUUUUAAUACAAUUCCUUUAUGCAACUCAACAAAAUAAUAUAAAGUGAAGUCGUUAGAAAAAUAGGGACCUUGCUGAAUCUAUCUUGCAUUUUUAAUUUAAGUUGGAAAAUAUAGUUCAGAUCAUAAGAAACACAUGAAUUUCAGAUUUACAUAUUAGCUGUAUCUUACAGAAUAUGAGAUACGGUCUUUAUUUUGGCUGAAAUGCAAAAAUAUGGUUAAUUUCUCUAACAGAUUAGUUAAAAAUACUUUCCAUUGAUAGCAGUGCUAGUCCUAGAACAAAAUGUAAGCAAAACAUUUGUAAGUCACUUGUCUUUUCAGCGCCCCAAAUAUGCAGAUCCUAACACUAAGCCCUUAAGAUGCAUCUGCUUUAAAGAUGACUGAAGGGAAAUCGCACGUGACUGAAAAUCUGAAAAUGCUACAAACAGUCAAAAUCUGCUAUUAAUAGACAAAUUCAAGUAAACAUUGCAUAUUUGAUUUAAACUAAGUUAAAUUAACUUAUGACACAUUGGAUCAUAACCACUAAAUAUGUAAAAGGAUUUAAAAAAAUCAUCCAUAUGCAAAGAUGAAACUAUACUAUGUAAGCGGUGCAAGUUCAGUGACCACUAAGCUGUAGCUGCUCUUUGGUUUGGCACAGUGACAGUGGUCAGAUGCCUCAGGUACUGAAUAUUCAAGUAAGUUUGUACCCACGUAAAAACCAAGUUUCCUGUCUAAUUUGUUUUUAAUGGCAAUGGCAAGACCUGAAAUUCAACUUUAUUUUCCUUAAAUAUUAUCACAACUGUUCAAGUGUUUGAAGGAACAAAGACGGUACUAAUAAAUGUUGACAGGGCUUCAUUUUGACCAUUUCUCUGCAAAGGUUGGCAGCACUAAUCAAUCCCAGAGAAAUACCAAAGAGGCAGCCUUUCCCCGAUUCCCAUACCACUUGUAGGCCCUUGCCGAACAGUCAUUAAUAUGUACAACUAAACGAAGCCAAAUAUUUAGAACGUGGCAAAUGUUGGCCAUAAAUUAAUUAAACCAAAGGUAACUAAAUUAAAAGGCUUUAGCUGAAAAUUCCUGAAAAGGUGUUUACUAAUGCUAUUAAGAUGAUGUUAACAGAUACUGAAAGAAAUGAAAAAGAAAUACCACAAAAGCACCCAAAUAGGUUAAAGGGAAAAUUAAGUUUCCUCAGUUGUUAAUCAGGUGCAUGCAAAUCCUUUGACCUGUAUGUAAAAAUACCCACAAGAAGUACCAGGACAUUUCUGAAAGCAGUCACUUAACGUUUAAACAUUUACUAUUUCCUUAUAGUACUCAAACUGCCAAACUGAAGUGAUGUUUCUGGUUGGUAAAUCGAUAUCCCUUAACUCUCAUAAGUUUUCUAGAAUCAAGAUUAUUAAGACUACAGUGUUGAAAUAAAGGUAGAAACUGUAUUAUAGUAUUCCAAACUAUUUUCAAAGCUAACUCAUUCCUCUAGUUCAAAGGGGAAAAAAAUUACUUCCUUUUAACAUCUAAUAUUAAUAUAGCCCAUGGAAUUAGACAAAUCCUAUAAAUUAUAAACCUGGAAUAGUUGGCUAUAAAAUUUAUGCUACAUUAGGAGAUUAUAGAGCUACCCCUAGAAUAUUGUUUGGCGUCCAGAAGGAACUCCGAAAAUAUCUGUUGGACGAAUGUUAAGUAAGGUAUUGUGCAAAAUUAGAAACUGAAGAAUGUUAAAGGUCGUCCAGUCGAAAUCAUCCGUAACACCCCUCUCCCCAACCCCAUUUUAUAGACAAGGAAACUAUAACAUGUUUUUACAGACGCUGGUUAAAACUGAUCUCCACCCACUACUGGAAGCAAUCAGUCAUUUUAGCUUGUGUGUGGCCAACUAAGCAAAGUAUAAAGGAGGAGUAACAUCUGUAUAUUGUUUCUCCGCUAUAGGACACUGUAUUUUUCUUUAGAAUUAAUGCAACGAUCCCUGUCACUUAGAUUGGAUUUCAAAAGGAAAAGGGGGAUAAGUGUCUAGGCAGAAAGGGGUUGCUGUUAGGAAGUCAGACUUAAAAUCCUGCAUAUAAGAGUGGAAUCCGCCUCUCAGAGAAUGGAAGUUUUGAAUGACUACUCAAGUGAGAAUUUCUUUCUUGAGAGCAGUGUUAUGCUAAACAGUUUUACCCUAGUUCAAAUCGUAUUUUACGUUGCUGUUGAAGCUAUUAUAGGAUUACUGUAAAAAGUUUCAAAGCAAACUUCAGUCAUUACCUAAAUUGAAAUUUGAAAGUCAACUCAGCAGCAGGCAGCACUCUGAAAGCAUACUUUUCACAGCUUUCUGUAGCUUGUCUUUCGCUUUACUUUUCUUCUAGCCACCUCUACCCAAUCCUACUGUGU